AUGAUCGGUCUCAAGAGUACAUUAAACGUCAUUGACAACUCCGGCGCACUUCUGGUGGAGUGCGUCAACGUGCUCAAGAAUAAGGUCAACAAUGGCUGGGGAGGUGUUGGCGACGAAAUUGUCUGUGUCGUCAAGCGCGCACGGCCAGUACCGAACGCGGCCUUGCUUUCCGCCGCGGCAUUGAAGGUCCGGCGAGGAGACGUCCGACGCGCCGUCAUUGUCCGCACGCGCAAGGCCGAGAGGAGACCGGACGGCCGUCUCAUUCGCUUCGAUGACAACGCGGCAGUACUCUUGAAUAACAAGAAGGAAAUGCUCGGGUCGCGUAUAGGAGGAGUCGUAUCGGCGGACCUGCGAAUGAAGGGUUGGGGCAAGAUCGUUGCGUUGGCACCAAAGGUCUUAUAG